UUUGCAUCAAUCGAUGCCCCUAUAUAUAUCUGAUUCCCUUGCUUCUUCCCUUUUAACAAUCACACAAAUAUUCCAAUUUUCCAUUGUAUGUGUGCCUCUUCUUCUAACUUGAACGUUUGCCAUGGAAAACAUGAUGAGGCUUAGGAAACACAACUCUCACACAGCUUCCCUAGGCAUGCACAAAGAUUCCCACAUGGUGUCCAAAAGCAAACCGAAGAUCCGCAUAAUCCACAUAUUUGCACCAGAGAUCAUCAAGACCGAUGUGGAGAACUUCAGGGAACUGGUGCAGAAGCUAACUGGGAAACCAAGUGGAGAAAAAUGUUGCAAGAAGAAGAAGACAAGGGCAAAAAGAGAGGAAGAAAUUUCAAGGAGCAGCAGCAGUACUGGUGGGAGUGGCAUGUCAGAAUAUCACGACACAGUGAUCACAAUGAAGAAUAAUAAUGGAGGGUGUUGGGGGUUGGAUGUGACAAGAGAGAAAGUCAAAGAAGAGGUUGGGGUUUGUUCCAGUGAUGAAAGUUCUGCCGGCUACUUGGGAGGCUUCACUGAUUUGGAAGGCUUUAUUUCUGAGAUUGGUGCUUUUCCUUUUCUCCCUUUGGAUGCUAAUCAGAUGAUGCAAGGCUUUGAAGCACCUCAACUUCUAUAGACAUAUAUAUAUUUUUAUUUCUUAGACAUAUAUAUAGAGAGAUCUUUUCUUCUAGUUCAUAUAUAUAUAUCUUUUUUGUGUUUGAUUAUGAAUUGAUUUC